AUGCCGUCCUGCAUGCUGCCAUGCCUCCAGGACAGCACCCAUCACAGGGUCGGUGGCUGCGGCCAUGUGGGUUGGCGCUGGACUGAGGGCGGGUGGCGGGCUGCAGGGGCCAGGGUGGCAGAGGGGGUGCCUGAGCCUGCCCGUGUGGCAGACACAGAGAUACAGAUCUUUGUGGAGACCCUGACGGGCAAGACCAUCACCCUUGAGGUCGAGCCCAGUGACACCAUCAAGAAUGUCAAAGCCAAAAUCCAAGAUAAGGAGGGCAUUCCACCUGACCAGCGGCGUCUGAUAUUUGCAGGCAAACAGCUUAAGGAUGGCCACACUCUUUCAGAUUACAACAUCCAGAAAGAGUCCAUCCUGCACCUGGUGCUUCAUUUGAAAGGUGGCAUCAUUGAGCCUUCCCUCCGCCAGCUUGCCCAGAAGCACAACUGCGACAAGAUGAUCUGCCGCAAAUGUUAUGCUCGCUUGCACCCCCGUGCUGUCAACUGCUGCAAAAAGAAGUGUGGCCAUUCCAAGAAUCUGCACCCCAAGAAGAAGGUCAAAUAAGACCCUUUCUCCACAGGGCAGCCUCCUGCCCAAGCCCCAUGG